AUGGUCGUGGCAUCUCUAUCCAUCAUUCCAACCAUCCUCUUCGCCUGCGGUCAUAGCGAAAGAAAGAAGAGGGAGAAGGAGAUGAAGGAGAUGAAGAAGAGGGAGAAGGAGAUGAAGAAGAUGAAGAAGAAGAAGAAGAAGAAAUCUCGCGCCGACGAAAGUGACUACGGUGCAGGCUCUUGGUGCAGUUGCUGUGAUGGCGGGGGAGACGGAGGUGGUGACGGUGGCGGCGGUGGCUGCGGUGGAGGCGGAGGCUGCGGCGGCGGCGGAGGCUGCGGCGGCGGCGGUGGGGCGAGCUAA